CCCCUUCUUCUCCGGGAGCAACCAUCUUUUUUUUUUUUUAAUUUAAAUUAUUAUUAUUAGUGAGAUGGAAGGAGGGGAGAUGUUAUUCCAUGUAAUUCAUAAGAUUCCAUCAGGGGAUACACCUUAUGUUAGAGCUAAGCAUCUUCAGUUGGUGGAAAAAGACCCAGAAGGAUCAAUAGUAUGGUUUUGGAAGGCAAUAAAUGCAGGAGAUAGAGUGGACAGUGCAUUGAAGGACAUGGCUGUAGUCAUGAAACAACAAGACAGAGCAGAGGAAGCUGUGGAGGCUAUCAAGUCCUUUCGCCAUCUUUGUUCUAAACAAGCUCAAGAACCCCUUGAUAACAUUCUCAUUGACCUCUACAAGAAAUGUGGAAAAAUACCGGAACAAAUAGAGUUGUUAAAGCGAAAGCUACGGAAGAUAUACCUGGGGGAGGCUUUCAAUGGAAAGACAACAAAGACGGCACGCUCACACGGAAAGAAAUUCCAAGUUACCAUCCAGCAAGAGAUAUCUCGCCUUCUGGGGAACCUUGGUUGGGCAUACAUGCAACAAACCAACUAUGGUGCAGCGGAGGCAGUGUACCGGAAAGCACAAAUGAUCGAUACCGAUGCUAACAAGGCUUGUAACCUUGCUCUCUGCCUCAUGAAGCAGGCCCGGUUUGAUGAAGCCCGGAGUUUGCUGCAGGACAUCCUCAAUGGGAGACUACCACAUUCGGAUGAUAGCAGGACCCUGAAAAGAACAGAGGAGUUGAUGGAUGAGAUAGAAUCACAAACUUUGUUCUCUAUAGUUAACAUGAUACCAAGCACGACGGACGACGAGAUCGCAAGAAUUGAGCACCUGUUGGGAGAAUGGUCUCCAUUUGAUUCCAUCAAAAGACUUCCUGUCUUUGAAGAGAUAUCUCCAUUCAGAGAUCAGAUAGCAUGCUGAGAUUAGGCAUUUAGGCUGUUUUGUGUGUAAAUGUGUAUCCGCAAAGCAUAUUUGUGUAGUUCUCUAAAUAAACAAUAAUCUGCUUUUUGAGUGCAACAUACUUGUCCCAAAUGUUAAACAUAAAAUGAGGCACUGCAAAAGUAGUAUUUUGAACAAGACAUUCAACGAGCAAUUGUCACAUUGGACAAGAGAAAAUUUCAUCAUCUAAUUGAGAAUAAGAUGCAAGGCAUCCAAGAAGUUUUUGCCUUUCAAAUGAAAAAGCAAGUUCCAGCCAUACAAACAGUAAUACAUAUAUAACCAAAUUAAACACUGGACUAAGGUUUUCGAGAAUGAAAAGCGUGAGAGAACCCUUGGAAUGAAAUCAAUGAAUCCAUAUUCACCGACAGUCUUCUAAUUUGUAUUGCAUGAAAGGCAUUGAAGGUAUGGACUAUACAACACAUCCAGUUCAUCAUACAAACUACUAAG